AUGACUCAUCUAACUGAUAAGUGCAAAACAGAGGUAGAAGUACUAGAUCACCCAACUUUGAAUUUCGUGCAAGGAGUUGUCUUUGAUUACGAUACAGUUAACCUCGCAGAAUCAGACCUACUCGAAGAACUCAAAUCUGAAGGUGUCACUACUGUCCGGAGGAUUACUAAGAAAUUAGCCGAUGGUAAAUCUACGAACACCCCUCUGAUCAUCCUUACUUUUCGUGGGACCGAACGUCCGGAACACAUACGAUUUGGCAUGUUAAGAGUAAAUGUUCGGCCAUAUUAUCCCAGCGUUUUGAUAUGCCGCAACUGCGCAGCUUAUGGACACUCUAGCAAGCGUUGCACCAGUUCGGCGGUAUGUAUGAACUGCUCUCAGAAACACCAAAUCGUUGAACAUCAGACUUGUCCAAAUCCAUCUUUCUGCAAUCACUGCUCUGGCGCCCAUUCUCCGGUCAGUAAGGUCUGUCCAGUUUUCCGCAAGGAAGAAGCGGUGAUCCGGCUCAGAAUAGAUAGAGGUCUCUCAUAUAACGAAGCGAAAUCAGAAGUAGAAAAAACUACUGCAAAACCUUCAUACGCCAGUAAGCUACAGCAACGUUUGGACCAGAGUUUGGAUAAAGACCGAGAAAUCCAGCUUCUACGUGACGAGCUCAAAAAGAUACGGGAACAGAUGUCAGAUUAUCUCUCGGUGAAAAAGGAACUCGAAUCUUUGAAAAAACGCCAUGAGAGUAUACCUCUUACACAGGAAUCUCUAUCUGGAGGAUCAUCUGUGAUAAAUCUUGACCACUUCGUUACCCCAAAACCUAGGUUAUCACGCGUAGACUCCGGAAAAAAUCAGUCCAGGAGAACAUCCGAUCAAGGCUCAUCAUCUCACCAGUCAUCUCCCAAACAAACUCGUACAGGAAUACACCGAAGUAUAAGUAGAAAGCGCACUAUGUACGUCUCCCCAACAUCUCAAGCUAACGUCAAAAGACAGAGCCAAACCAACAGAGUCCUUAGGGAAAGUAACACUGAUCCAGAAGAUGAUGAUUUUGAUAUAAGCUAA